AUGGUGAUGCUCCGAUUGACCGCCGAGCAGUACCAGAAGCUGCUGAUCCUGGUAGACGAGAAGACGUGCAUUGGCAAGACCUAUAUCAUCACCGGCGGCAACUCGGGCCUGGGCCUCGAGAUGGCGAGACACGUCGCUGCGUUGGCCGAUGUCCCUGAGUGCAUCGCCAAGGGCAAGAUGGACAAGAGCCGCAAUGGCGUCAUCUUUGACGGGCUCAACGACCAGAAGCGGGCGGAUAUGGACUCGAGAUACGCCCUCAUCAAGCUCGUAGAAGAGUGCGCCGUACGCCAGUUCGCAGCCCUCUGCCCAGCCGAGUGCACAGGCGUCGUCAUCACCAUGGUCGCGCCUGGGCUCUGCUCCACCGGCCUCGGCCGCGACACCCGGACCUUCACCAAGAUCAUGCACGAGGCGCUCCGGGCCAUGAUGGCACGAACCGCAGAGGAGGGCAGCCGCACCAUCCUACACGGGCUGCUGGUGGGCGAGGAGGGUCACGACGAGCUGCUGUCCGGCUGCAAGAUCGAGGAGUGCAGGGGGCCCACGUGGCUCACCAACGAGGAGGGCCAGAAACUGCAAAAGGGCAUCUGGGACGAGCUGGUUUCCAGGCUGGAGACUGUGCAGCCCGGCUGUAUUUCACAGCUCAAGUAGAACUUUUCUAUCAUCCCCCGAGCCGUACCACAAUCCCCGAUAUGCAUUCCAAGCGACUAGAAGUAUGUUACAGUAAUAUUAAUGACCCACUUUCGUGAUGAUCCUCAUGAAUUGCCUCAUGGAAUCUCU